AAAAUUUUGCAGGACAGUUUCCCCUGACAGCUUUGCAAGAGUUGUACCAUUUCAAUUGAAGCAUACAUCCACACGCUGAGCUCUUGGCUUCUGGCUGGCCUCCCAGAAAAAGAUCUGUUUCAGCUUCCCCUUCUCUCUCUUGUCACUACAGUGUCAAGCUUCUCCAGACUUUCCUGGUCAGAACUCUUAAGUGACCAUGGCAGACACCACCCUCCAUAUCGUCGAGCAACCAACUGCAUCUGAGGCUUCAGAGGAGCCAGCUACUGAGGAACCCAUCAAAUCUGACCAGAUCAAUGGUGUUAUGGUGCUCACCCUUUUGGACAAGAUUAUCGGGGCUGUGGAUCAGAUUCAGCUGACCCAGACUCAGUUGGAAGAGAGACAGCAAGAAAUGGAUGGUGUUGUGGCCAGCAUCCAAGGGGAACUGGCUAAGCUCACCAAAGCUCACACUACCACCAGCAAUACAGUGAACAAGAUGUUGGAGAAAGUCCGUAAGGUCAGCGUCAAUGUGAAAACUGUCCGACAGAAUCUGGAAAAGCAAGCUGGACAAAUCAAAAAGUUAGAAUCCAAUGAGACUGAAUUGCUGAAGCGUAGGAACUUUAAAGUCAUGAUCUACCAGGAUGAGGUGAAACUGCCAUCCAAGCUGAGCAUAAGUAAAUCUGUGAAAGAAAUGGAGAAAGAGCAAGAAGAUGAAGAGGUCCUAGCUGGUGAGGAGCACCCUGGAGAGGAACAUAUUGAGCUCUCCUCAGAUGAAGAGGUAGAGGUUGAAGAGAUUAUUGAGGAAUCGCGAGCAGAACGUAUCAAGAGAAGCGGUAUGAGGAAGGUUGAUGACUUCAAGAAGGCAUUCUCUAAGGAGAAGAUGGAGAAGACCAAGUUGAAAACUAGAGAGAACCUAGAGAAAACCAAGCUGAAAACCAAAGAGAACCUGGAGAAAACCAAGCAAAAUUUGGAGAAGACCCGACAUAACCUGGAGAAGAGAAUGAACAAGCUGGGCACUAAGAUAGUCACCACCGAACGCAGGGAGAAGAUGAAGACCUCCCGAGAUAAGCUGAAGAAGUCCUUCACCCCUGAUCAUGUAGUCUAUGCACGCUCUAAAACAGCUGUCUAUAAAGUACCACCUUUCACCUUUCAUGUCAAGAAGAUCCGUGAGGGAGAGGUGGAAGUAAAGGCCACAGAGAUGGUGGAAGUUGGCGGAGAUGAAACAGAGAACACGGAUCUGCUGAGAGGUGAAAGCCCUGAGAUGAGCACACUUCUGCAGAUCACGGAAGAGUCAGACACAGUGCUGGCAGAGAAGAGUGACAGUGAGUGAGGCGGGUGGCAGUAUAAAAGCAUCAAAUGCUGAAUAUGUAAUCUUCCACAUUUCCUCUUUUUGGCCUCACAUGGGCAUGCGCAUGCACACAUACACAUAAACACACAUACAUACACAAUAUAUACAGAAAUUUUACAGCUCUCCCCCCUUCUCCAACAUGUAGCUCCAAGGUGCAUUUUUGUAUAUUUCUGAUUCAUCAUAUAGAACAUGGAACAUAAUUAUAAUCCGUCAAAAUACCAUUCCUGCUACUAAAAGCUUGCUUUGCCAGCCUGUCAUGGCAAUGCCCCAACUUCCCGAAGGUGCUACCCAUGAGGUAAUCUAUUUCUAUGCACAAGAAGCAUGCUGCCUCUUAACUAUCCUCUGAUGUCAAGAAUGCUUCCUGGAGACCUGAAAGCAAACUUGUCCGACAGAAGACAAAGCAAAGGCACGGAAGCAAAGGAAGGAAAGAAUUGGCUCAGUAUGUCACAGAACCAGGGGAUAACGAAGGAAACAUGGAAAUUACUGGCUUGAAUUCAAAGAUGUUGUGGUGUCAUGUGAUGAUGCAAACAUACAAUCUGUGCACACUCCAAUUUCCAAGAGAUUAUAUGGAAAAAGUUGCAUUUAUAUUAUCAGUAAAAGUCAAGUGGUUGCCAGUACAACAGACAGGAAGAAGGAAGAGAUAUAAACAGGGUGCCCAUAAACCAUUUGCACUAUUAGCUGCACAGAUCUGUGAAGCUACUUUGCAACAUGGUUGAAGUGGGGAUAUUUAUCUGGGGAUGAGGAAUGGAUGAAAGGAAUAUUGGACAAGUAGGGAGAGUCAAGGGGGAAAAAAGAUGGCAUAAGGACAGAGAGUGGACAUGGCCUGUGACAGCUUUAGCUAUAAACAAUUAAGGGUUACCAACAACAGCAGCAACAAAACAGAGGAGGCACCAGCAUCUAUCCAGUUAGCAAUCUUGACUUCCAUUCCUGGGCUGGAUCCAGAGAGCACUGCAGGGUUGUUUUCUGCCCAUGCCAGGGCUCCAGCAGUAGGCCAGCUUUAACUAGCUGUGUAAACCUUGAUUACAUGCAGCUGUUUUUAACUAUACUUGCAACAUAGGGAGUUAAGGUGCAAGAAUUCACUAAUACAAGACAAUUUGUUAUGGGGAAAGGGAUUCUCAGCUACCCUCCCUGAGCAACACACCACUCAAAAUCACACACACAUACACACAGACUUUCAUACAGCUACCUCUUUGGCUUGCGGGGGACAGUUUUCAAGUGAGCCUGAAGCCUCGCUUUCCAAUCACAAAAAAAUGGCCUCCUUCCCCAUUUUCUGACACAUGUAACUAUCCUUCCUUUGCAUGAUUUUGUGACUUACUCCACCCCCCGCCUGCCUGCCUGCCUUCCUCACAUUCUUCUGGGAUUUUCCCCAGCUUCUGUGUGUGGUCAAGGAGAAAAUAUUUGCAGCCAGAAAUCCACCAUAUCAUCUUGCCAUUCUGCAUCCAAUACAUCUACCACACCUGUACCAGAACUGCCUGUUCUAAUAUCUACAGAAAUGGCUUGGCUGAACUAUCCACACCCCAGCAGGAAGAAGUGUAUGUGUGUAGGGGUGUUCUUACUUGACUGAGAAGUGUGCAAGCAAGUGGCUAGGAGUCGUCCCCUCUGCACUGCACUUUCCUCUGAGCCUUUCAGUUCUUGUCAUGGAUCUAGAAGAGAGAGCCCAGGAUGUAAGAUUUACUAGGCCUUCAAAACCAUCACAGAUGGGGUGGGGAUCUUGCCUCACUCUGGGGACAAUAAAUAUGUGGGGAAGAGGGUGCUGUGCCAAGCAGCCGCAUUGCUCCUUUUUCUAAGACUGCAUCCUGGUGAGCAGCAUGACUAAUAAACUUUCUUUUCUACAUGGA